AUGUUCAAGCAACUUGUUCUCUUGGCAUUCUGCGCAUCCUUGGCUUAUGCCACCAUGAAUCUUCCAACUCAAGAAGAAUACGAUGCUGAGCUUAAAGCAGCUGGAAUGUCUCAAGGCGGAAUUGAUGGAUUGCGCGCAUUGAGCCAACAGUUCGUCAGCCAAUAUCCGAUUGUUCAAGCUAAUAAAGAAGCAGCCGACAAGUUCUUGGCUGAUUAUACUGUAGAAGUCCAGAUUUAUGUGAAGUCAAUGUCUCCUGAAGAUCAGAAGAUCUACGCUGACAGUCUGAAGAAAUAUGGACUCGCCUGA